GUCCCCCAGACAUGUUGAUAUGCUGAUGAUUAAUGGUCUGGCAGUCUCCCUGUUCCGUCACGUUUUCAAUUUCUUCACCGCUAUAUUGUUGUAAUAAUAAAUGCCGGAAGACGCGCGUAUAUACAAUCUCCCUGUUCCUUGUAGUCCUCUGUUCCUUCUUCCCAAAUCUACCGACCUAAUUCUAACUCACCGGUCAGUCAACCAUGUCUUCUUCUUCUACUUCUUCAACAGAGCGCGUUGCUUUCCGUGCCCAAGUGCUCUCCAGACAUCUCCAUCCAUCUCCAUCCUCCUCCUCUUCUCCAUGUCUUCUAGAACCCCGUGCCUGUCUGGAAUACCCUCCAUCCACGAAAGCGAUGGACACGAAAGCGAUGCGGAAGCGAAAGCAUCGCUUUCGACACGAAAGCGAUGGACACGAAAGCAUCGCUUUCGACACGAAAGCGAUGCGGAAGCUGAUGGACGAUCACAAUUUAGAGGACCGAGACUGGCUCUACGGCCUCAUCAUUCAAAGCAACUUGUUUAAUCCCAGAGACAGAGGAGGGAAGGUGUUUGUGGGCCCGGAUUAUAAUCAAUCCAAGGAGCAGCAGAGAGUGAUGACGAUGAAGAGAAUUGAGUAUUUGGCUGAGUGCGGGGUGUUUAAGGGCUAUCUGACGUAUUCUUCGCCUCCGUCUCAGCUUAGACGCUUUGCUCUCCAGGAGGUGGCUGAUUCCUUUGAUCACUCUCUUUCUAUUAAAAUUGGAGUUCACUUCUUUCUUUGGGGAGGGGCGCUCCAGUUUUUUGGCACAAAGCGACAUCAUGACAAGUGGUUGAGUGACACUGAAAACUACAGGGUUAAGGGUUGCUUUGCAAUGACUGAAUUGGGGCAUGGAAGUAAUGUACGGGGCAUUGAGACCAUAACCACGUACGAUUCAGACACAGGAGAGUUUAUCGUUAACACACCGUGUGAAUCAGCCCAGAAGUACUGGAUUGGAGGUGCUGCUAAUCAUGCAACGCACACAGUAGUAUUCUCUCAGCUUAAGAUUAAUGGAACAAAUCAAGGGGUCCAUGCUUUUAUAGUUCCAAUCAGAGAUGCAGAUGGCAACGUUUGUCCAAACAUCCGUAUAGCUGAUUGUGGUCAUAAGAUUGGUCUAAAUGGCGUCGACAAUGGAAGAAUCUGGUUUGACAAUGUCAGAAUACCUAGGGAAAAUUUGUUAAAUUCUGUUGCUGACGUUUCUGCAGAUGGGCAGUAUCUAAGUGCUAUUAAAGACCCAGAUCAGAGAUUUGCUGCAUUCAUGGCUCCUUUGACAUCGGGUCGUGUGAUACUUGCAUCAAGUGCAACUUACUCAGCUAAGAUUGGUUUAUCGAUUGCCAUAAGGUACGCACUGACGAGGCGCGCCUUUUCUCUAACAUCAAAUGGACCUGAAGUCCUUCUGCUGGAUUAUCCAACUCACCAAAGGCGGCUCCUGCCUCUUCUUGCUAAAACAUAUGCUAUGAGUUUUGCUGCUAACCAUUUAAAGAAGUUAUACGUGAAGAGGACUCCUGAAUCAAUCAAAACCAUUCAUGUUGUCUCAAGUGCAUUUAAGCCAACUUUAACCUGGCAUAACAUGCGGACUCUUCAGGAAUGUCGUGAAGCUGUUGGUGGACAAGGUCUAAAGACGGAGAAUCGUGUUGGUCAUCUCAAAAGCGAGUAUGAUGUACAAUCCACGUUUGAGGGAGACAACAACGUUCUUAUGCAACAGGUCAGCAAGGCACUUCUUGGAGAAUAUGUGUCUGCCAAGAAAAAAAACAGACCAUUUAAUGGGUUGGGACUCGAACACAUGAACAAACCUUGUCCUCUUAUCCCAUCUCAGCUUACAAGUUCUAUCUUGAGGAGCAUUCAGUUUCAGAUGAAUAUCUUCCAGCUGAGAGAAAGAGAUCUAUUGAAUCGUUUUGCUGCAGAAGUUGCACAACAUCAAGCACAAGGAGUAAGCCGAGAAAUAACUUUCACUUUGACGUAUUCGCUUGCUGAAGACCUGGGAAAAGCCUUCGCAGACCUCUCAAUAAUGCAAAUCUUUAUAGAGGCCGAGGAAGCUGUACCCGCAGGCCACUUGAAGAAUGUCUUGGGUCUAGUGAGAUCCUUGUAUGCCAUAAUCCUCCUGGAAGAAGAUGCUGCAUUUCUUAGGUAUGGGUACUUGUCAACAGAUAAUGCUGCUGCAGUGAGAAAAGAAGUGGCGAAACUAUGCGUUGAACUAAGACCCCAUGCACUUGCAUUGGUUAGCUCCUUUGGCAUACCUGAUGCUUUCUUAAGCCCUUUGGCAUUUAAUUGGAUUGAAGCAAAUGCUUGGCCUUCAGUCGAAAACUAGCUCAAUACGCCCCGGUUUCUACAGAAAAAUAAAGAUACGUAACAUUCUAGAGUAAGAGUACUCAGCUGUUUCUAUGUUUGUACAUCAUCUAGAAUAAAUUUACGGAAGUCCCGUUCAAUUCAUUAAAUGCACCAUUGUGGAUUUGUGCUUGUAUCUUAUGUUGUGAACAGAAAUGCUACCACUAUUCUCUUGAAUAUUUUAUUUUCUACGGGAAUGAUGAUGUUCCAUUUUCUACCCUA